AUGCGGAUGACAAAGGCGAUUCCGGGUGCCGACCAUCGUCUCGCCAUCUCCAAGAUGAGGAUUCACCCACAGCCUCGCAGGGCACCUCAAGGUAAGUGACUCCCGCGGAUAAGCUAAAUAUUGCUUUGCUGUCGUGGCCUGCUCACCAUCUCUAUAUCAGCAAUGAACUAACCCAAAAGCUAGCCAAUCUUCAAGUCGCCGCCGCCGGCGCCGCCUGCGUGGAGAACCGAUCGUGCCAACUGCGGAACGCAGUCCCACGACGACCCUGGCUGUCCUCGGUCACGCACGGCGCCAAAAGCAGGACUGGCUCGAUGAAAACGACGCCGCAAUCAGCAACCUGCUCGCCGAGAAGAACCGCCUGCACAAAGCCUAUGUCACCCGCCCAACCGACGAAAACAGAGCAGCCUUCUGCCGCCUUGUGCACCAGAGGUUGCGGGAGAGGAAGGACGCUUGGACGAUCCUCAAGGCUUAG